CACAGAACAUUUGAAGAAACGUCUGGAAGAUUACAUGGUUAGAUUCCCCAAGGUAAGAAUUGUGCGAACUAAGAAGAGAGAAGGAUUGAUCCGCACACGUAUGUUGGGAGCCACAGUAGCCAUCGGAGAAGUAAUUACUUUCCUAGAUUCUCAUUGUGAAGCCAAUGUGAAUUGGCUUCCACCCCUUCUUGGUAAGUAGAAAGCCCUUCUUCAAGUCAUACAUUUUGCCAUUCAUAUCUAUAAUUUUUAUUGAGCUUUAUAUGUAAAUACAUGUUUUUCUCUUGGUUCUUAAAAGAAUGGUUACCAUGAGGAUAGAAUGGAAUAGUAUUGUAAUUUGGCUGAAUGUGUGAUUUGAAUCUUUAAUAAAAGAGAUCAAGGAGAAAUAGUUUAUUGCACUUUUUCUGGCUGCUAGACUUGCUUGUUAAUCCAAACGCCAUGCUACUGUUUUACACUAAGGUAUAAUCCAACUUUGUUUUUGUUUUUUCUUCUGCAGACAGAAUUGCUCAGAACCGUAAAACGAUUGUGUGUCCUAUGAUUGAUGUAAUUGAUCAUGACCACUUUGGCUAUGAAACACAAGCUGGUGAUGCAAUGCGAGGGGCUUUUGACUGGGAAAUGUUUUACAAACGUAUCCCCAUUCCUUCUGAGUUGCAGAAUUCAGAUCCAAGUGAGCCUUUUGAGUAAGUUCCAUCUGCUUUUUUACAAUUAUUACAUUGUUAUAUUAUCAAGGUCUUAAAUAUUUUUAUUCAUUUUAUCACAAAGUAUAUAAAACUCAAUUUACAUAGAAAAUUCUUUACAAUAAUAUUAUUUUGACACAUAUAACAAAAAUACAAAAACACAAAAACAACAAACACCAAAGACAACAAACAGCCUAUCAAUUCACAGUGUAUGAGUAUUCUAUAAUGACCCAGUAUGGGUUAUAAUCUGUACCCUUUAUCAGUCUCCACAAGUUGUCCUCUUCCAAAUUCUUACCCCGAUUUCCCCUUUUGUCCUAUACUAAUCGCAGUCACCAACCCCUCACCUUAGUCACCAUUUGACCCCAAGUUGUAGGGGGGAAGACCAUAUGAAAUAUGCCCAUUUUCUAUACUAAAGAUGGGAACACUCUAAAUAAAAAAGAGUGAGGAGGUAUAAGAAAAACCAUGUGAGGAAUAACUAUAAAAAAAGAGGGCAACCACCUUAGAUCCCAAAAGUACCCAUACUUCAACAGCCACACACAUACCACAUAUAUUUUUCCGGGAUUCCAUGGGGAGGUAAACCGACAAGGAGAAAUAGCUAUGAAGGGUUUUGUCCAAGGGUCAAACAAUAAUCAUCCCAGAGAGCCCAUCUAUACUCCGGAACUAUAGGAGCGCCUAAAUAUCCAUCCUCUCUUUCUAGUGUCCUAUUUCUUUGCAUUACCCUUUCCACUUCUGACCACUUUGGCAACCUUACAGCAAUCAACCAUUUCGCUAUCGAUAAGAUAUGAAACAGGAAAGAUUUUAAUUCUUUUGAGCGGUAACUAGGUAGAAAGUGAAACAGAACCAAUUAUGAAGUUAAUUUGAUCUUUUCGCCUACAAUUCGAGAUAUCCCAAGUUUACCCUCCUUCCAAUACAUUUGAAUAUAGGGACAAGACCACCACAUAUGUGUUGCUGAGCCAACUUGAUUACAGCCUCUCCAACUAAAUUUAUAUGUAGCCUCUUUCUUUAUUUUCCAAAGCUUAAGUGGCGUUAUAUACCAUCUAUUUAAAAUUUUAAAAUACAUCUACCUAUAUGAAACAUGUUUAAUUAUUUUGUCCAUUGAAGCAAAAGCUCCUGACCACAUUUCCAUGGGCCAGGAUUGAUUAAGUUCCUCUUCCCAAAUUCUUAAAUUUAAAAAUUUAGUGCCAAAUCCCUCUCUCUCAAAAGACUAAAACAUUUUGAUAGCAAGUGCAUCUUAUUUGUUGAACAUAUUAUUUUUUCACAGGGUGUCAGUUGUCUAAGCUCUUUUAAACGAUAACUGGACGUCGAGCCUUCACCUUAAUGUAUUCCAUCCACAAGCUAGUUGGAAUUUAAAAUUAGAUUGUAAAUAGUCAAAUGAGAGAAAUUCAUUAUUUACAUAUAAAUAAUCUGCAUCCCAAUUUCAAUAAUAUCUCAAGCAGAGGGGAGUGAAUCUUUUCCUGCAGCCAUGAGAUAUGAAUGAUCAGGCUCGGAAAUGGAACCAGAGAAUAUUUAUGAUUCAACUUCAACCAACUUUUAAGACUGUACCAUAUUAUCGAGGCUUUACUAUGCAGUAUGCCACUGGAUAAAUCAUCUCGAAAAAGGAUUGAGUUCAAGUGUGUUUGUUUAAGAAAAAAAGCUUCUAUUGAUACCCAAUUAUUAUUUUUUUCCUCUUCCUCCCAUCUCAGCAUAUGUGUCAAGAGGGAGGCUUCCUGAUAUUUCUUAAUGGCAGGAUAUGCUAUCCCUCCACUAGAGAAUUUUUUAACCAUAAUUGGUAUCUUAAUUCUCAUUCUUUUAUCCUGGUGGAUAAAUACGUCAAUCACCCUCUGUAAUUUAUUAAGCAAAUAGAUGGGACACUGCCAGGGUAUGCAGCGCAUAACAUAAGUAAUCUUAGGUAAUAUUGUCAUCUUAACCGCUGCUAUUCUACUUGCAUUAUAUUAGAAUAAACUGAUUGAAAAUUAACUGUCAUUGUUCUUUUCAUUUCGGUGAACAAUUUUAUUCCUAAAUGGGUUAUUGAGUGUUGCCAAUUGAAUGGAUAAAAUUGACUUAAGAAGUUUUUCUCAGACCGUCCCAUAUUAAAAGUGACGGCUUCCGAUUUCUUUACAUUUAAUUUAUAAUUGGAUAUUUCACUAUACUCUGUUAUAAUAUCUUGAAGACCUUUUAAAGAUUUUUCUAGUUUUCCUAUUGGUAUUAUUACAUCAUCCGCAUAUAGGGAGAUUACAUGUGACUUUUGAUUUACUUCAAUUCCUGUUAUACCUAAAGAUUCCCUUAUCGCUGUCGCCAGUGGUUCAAUAAUUAAAGCAAAAACUAAUGGGGAUAAAGGGCAACCUUGCCUAGUGCCAUUUAAAAUGACAAACCUUCCUGACCGAAAAUUUUGGCCGAUUACACUAGCGCUCGGAGAUGUAUACAAAGCGGCAAUCGCCUUAGAGGCAAAAUCACCUAAGCCAUAUUUUGACUGGGUGAGGAACAUAAAGUCCCAAUCCACCCUGUCAAAUGCUUUCUCAGCAUCGAGACUCACAAAAACUGCUGCUAUUUUUUUAUAUUUAACCACUGAAGUUAUAUUUAACAGUUUCCUGAUAUAAUCGGAAUCCAACCUCCCCUGAAUAAAACCCAUUUGAUCAGAAUUGAUCAACUUAUGGAUAUAUUGAUUCAAUCUUUCCGCUAGAAUUUUAGCAUAAAUCUUUAUAUCUACGUUAAGCAGAGAGAGAGGUCUAAAAUCACUGCAUUCAGGGGUUAAUUUAUGUGUUUUGGGGAUUGUGAUUAUUUGUGCUUCCAACUACUCUGGGUGAGCUGGGCCAGCAUUCUUUUUUUCUUUUAAUGUUUGGCACAGGUAACUAGAAAUCUCCCCUUGACAGAGUGAGUAAUAUUGAUUGAUUAGCCCAUCGGGACCAGGGGCUGAGCCCAAUUUCAAUUUUGAAAUUGCCCAUUUAAUUUCCUGUUCGGUAAUAUCCUCAUUUGUAUUUGCCAACGCCAUUUGAGAAAACUCUAGAAAGAUGAAUCUUAUCCAAAAAUUCUGCGAUUUUCCUUUUUUUUUCACCUGCUAUCUAUAUUUGGGGAAUUCAAAUUAUAAAGGGCAUGAUAGUAUUUCUCAAAGCAUGCGGCAAUAUCAACAGGCUUAACAAAAAGUUCUUUAUUAUGUCAUAGCCUGUUUAUUCUACCAUUAUUAAAUUUUUGUUUCAACUUGCUAGCCAUCAGUUUCCCUGCUUGAUUUUGACCAUGAUAUAAUCUUUGUUGCAAGGCCCAUGUCAGCCAGAAGUUGCUGAAUUCUUAUUAUUUGUGAUUGUAUUUCUCGAAUUUUAUUUCUUUAACUCAGAAGGGGAUUUUUUAUUCUCUCUGUCUAAUAAAAUAAAUUCUAUAUGUAGGUCUCUUAGUGAUUUACCUCUCUUCUUCUUUAAUAUUGACUGGCAUUUUAUCAUUAUCCCUCUUAUAUAGGCUUUAUAAGAAAGCCACACUAUUUCUUUAGAGUUAACAGUACCAUCAUUACUUAAAAAGAAUGCAACCGUUUCAUUUUUUCUAUUUUUUUUUAUUUUUUUUUAUAUUUCCGGGUCCUUUAGUAAUUCUAUGUCCAUUCUCCAUAAUCUAUUAUUCUUAACGGGAGGGUCUAAACCCAAACUUACUCCAACCAGCCCAUGGUCGGACCACGUAAUCACCCCUAUUUCUGCAUGUUGAACUUUAGAAAUACUCUGCCCAUCCAUAAAAAUAUAAUCCAAUCUACUAUACAUUUUAUGUCUGUGAGAAAAGAAAUGAAUAGUCCCUCUCUAAAGGGUAUAACGUUCUGCAUGUGUCAUACAAAUUAUAUUUAAGUAGUAAUUUAUUAAACUUUUUGAAGUUUUGGACUAACUGAGGAUCCGAUUUUAUCUCUCCUAUUGAAUUUCUGUCCACAGUUGGAUCCAAAGGUACAUUGAAAUCUCCGCAAAACCACCAGAGUUCCCAUAAAGAAUUUUUUCAUUACUUUCAAUGUCUGGCUAAUAAAUGUAAUUUGCCCUUUAUUAGCGGCAUACAUAUUUAUGAUUGUAAAUUUCUGAGAAUUAAUCAGGCCUGCCCAUAAUAGAUAAUGUCCUUCUUUAUCUUUUAUGACAAUGUCUUCUUUUAUUAGUAGAGUUUUAUUAAAUAUUAUUGAAGCCCCUCUCGAUUUACUUUUCGAAUAGGUGGCACUAUAUGGAUUAGAAUAAUAUCUAUUGCCAAAAAAGGGAAUUUUAUUAGUCUGCCAAUGGGUUUCUUGAAUACUAAUAACAUCCGGUUUACCCCUAAACAGAUUUUUAAAUGCUUUGCUCCUUUUGCCCACUGUAUUUAAACCCUGGACAUUUUGACUAAUAAUCCUCAGAUUCUUGGAGAACCAAACCAACCAACAAUCUGAGGACCUUCUAACCUGCCUUCAUCAGCACCUUCCACCCCACGUCUCGGAACCUCCCAGAAAUCAUAACAUACACAUUCACACCCAUUCAUCCAAACAAUAAAAACAUUUUUUAUUGUAUAUAAAAAUAUAUUACCAGUAUCAACUAGCAUCUAAUAUGCUAAGGCAUUUAGUGCUAUUCUCAAGGCUUCCAUAGUAUGUAUAUGUAAUAAAAAAUAAAUAUAUAUAUAUAUAUAUAUAUAUAUAUAUAUAUUAUCGCAAACAUUUCACAAACAGAAGGUUGUGUAUGGUUACCUAGCUUUUUGUUUUUAUAAACCUUCAGUUGCAGGUGUCUGAAUCAGAUUCUCUGUAAUAUGGUUAUCCCCUUAAGGACACAGCUUCAAAAGAUUGUCUUACCCUUAAGAACACAAGCCAUUUUUGCAUUUUUUGCUGUUUGUGUUCAAAUGCAAUUUGCAUUUAUUGGACCAACACAUAUACCAUUUUUAUAGGGCAAACAGGGCUUUAAUUUUAUUUGACCAUCUUAAUUUUUAGUUUUUCAAACAGUGAGUCAGUAGCAUUAAUGUUGAGCACAGUACAAUGUAACUUAAUGCAAUGUUUUGGGAUACAAGCUUCCGUAAAACAAUAUUUCAAGAACAUCGGCUUAUAAAUUAUUGCAGUAUUGUAACAUGGAACGAUAAUCGUUGGCAAUUUACCAUGUAUCGGGCAUACAGUCAUAAGUGCAAGCACACCUGGGCUUAUCCAUCCACGGGUGACUGUCGCUCGAGUCCUGUUAACAUGGCCUGGGAGUCAUCCUGUCAAGUCAGUCGUGUACUAAUAGUGCACCUACUUCUAGAGCUGUCGAUAUGCGUGAGUUCCUACCCAUAGCUGUCUAGCAGAGUCUGCUGUCCCGGGCCUGUCCACCAAACCUAUACAAGUUGCGUCUAUGUCGUCUGUCAGUUAUACAGCAGUUGGUCGGACCCCAAGACCCGUUAUGCCUCUUUUUCGCAUCCUGCCAGCUCAGAGUAAUGGGCUAGGAUGCUCGGUCGACUACCCUGGGAUCACCGGGACUCAGUUUGGAAACCCUGGUAACUUCCCAAGUAUACUGUGUCUGUACAGGUGUGUAAGUCAGGUGCAAAGCAGGCAUAGGGUGAAAGUAGGGGCUAGGAGGGAGGCAGCCAAGGGCAGGUUGGGUGGGGAAGUUAGAGAGAGUGGAGGGUAGUGGAGAAGGGGGAGAAUGGCAGAAGCGGAGCGGGGAGAAAAGAUGAGAAAGGGUGAGAGAAGGCUUUCUAAAGAUUCCCCCACCACACCUCUCCAGUACGCCGAAGCACGAAUUCCUCUGUCCCUGUGACAUGUCCUCUUGGCCCAGAAGUGUGUCUAAUUGUCCGCCCCUUCCCCAUCUUCAGGUUGGAGGUGUGGGUUCGUGUUCAUAGUUUGGUCUUCGGGAUAUAAAGUCAAUCCAUGGGGUCCACGUCUGCAGGCAGCGGUCCACGGUUCCCCUCUGUCCAUCCAUUGUUGGAGGGUGGCACCUUUGAGGUCCGUCAUUUAGCUGGGAUGAGCAGUUUGGCUGCAUGUAGUAGGUGUUUGGGUAACAAUUUUUUUGUACUUCGAGAGGGGCAUUGCAGAAUGAUGAAGGAGCAGUUGGAGCUGGAGAUCGUUAUCCAGUAUCCAGUAUUUCCUUCAUCUGUGCAUGGACUUGGGUCCAGUAUGGGGCUAUUUUUCUACAUGACCACCAGAUGUGUAGGUCUGAGCCUACCUCCUCUUUGUAUCUCCAGCAGGUCGAGACCUCAGGGGGGGCCUCAGGGAGCAUCCGGUGUAUUCUCUCAGGCGUUCUGUACCAUCCGGUCAAUAAUUUGUUGUUGAGUUCCUGUUGUUUGGAACACAUAGAGCUUUGAUGGGUCAGAAUGUGGAUUUUCAUCCACUGAGGGUCCGAGAGCAUGACUCCCGUGGCUCCCUCCCAGCGCGCCAUAUGUUUCGCUGGUUUGGUUCGAGCUGUGUCCUGGAGCAUCACGUAGAAAGUCGAGAUGCCUCUGUACAGGUGCGCUCGUGCUCUACACAGUUCUUCAAACUCCCUCAGAUUCCUGUGGAAUAGGCGAUGCCCGUACUGGGACAUGUAAUAUGUCUUCAUUUGAAAGUAACAAAGUCUGUCUAGGCCCGUCGGGGUCUUAUUUGGCAAUAGAUCCCAGAGCUGCUUCAGUGCGUCCGCUGUGCACCACUGAUGCAUGUAUGUCCAGUCCGAUUCCCUGAAAGCUCUGACGUCCAAUGGUGUAAGGACCCCCGCCAUUCAGGGUUGUAAGUGAUUGGGGUCAGUGGUCCCGGAGUUGUGGUUAGCAUCAGUCUGGUUCUGAUGGAGUAGCAGACCCUCCACGUCGCUCCAAUGAACGGGUGGUUCAGAGUCCGCGUGUUCCUCAGGGGGCCACACCGCUGCCAGGAGCGUCCCUUCCAACUGUGCUCUCUCCAUGUGUAUCCAAGUCUUGCUAGUCUUAGGUACGUGCCAGUCCACCACUCGAUGAAGCUCUAUGGUAGUUUUGUAUGGAGGAAAGUCCCACUCCCCCCUGUGCCUUCGGCAUGUGCAAGUGAGUGCAAGUCUAGGAGCCUUGGAUUGCCAUAUAAACCGGGAGAUGGCUGCAUCCAUGUUUCAGAAGAAAGUCAUUGGUAAACUUAUCGGGAUGGUCUGGAAAAGGUUCAGAAAGUGAGGGAGGAGGUUCAUCUUGAUGGCAUUCAUUCUACCCAACCACGAGACACAGAGGCCAGCCCACCGUGAUGUUUAGUGGGCGUAUGGUGUUGUCCCUCGCUUCCUGUCCAGGAAUGAAGCCAACCUGAUCGGGGUUCACCAGUUCUGGGAAGACGCCACUGACGUGCGUUGCGAUAAUCUUCGUAAAGAGCUUCAGAUCCACAUUUAGGAGUGAUAUCGGCCUAUAGCUGGCACAGAAAGUCGGGUCUUUACCCUCCUUUGGGAUUACGACGAUCGUCACUGUUAGAGAAUCCCUUGGGAAAGCCCCUCCCUCCACGAGGGAGUUAAUGCCGGUCAAGAGUCUGCGGAGAAGCACGUCCCCGAACUCUCUGGUGUAUCUUACAGGUAGUCCAUCUGGUCCCGGCUUUGUUUAGCUUGGAGCCUUUCAGUGCCGUUUGAAGUUCUUCUAGCGUAAUGGGGGCCUCCAGUUCUGCAGCCAUAACCUGACUCAAAGUUUUAGUGACAUGCUGUUGCAGAUAGUCCGUGAGUCGUACCUCCUUGCAGUGGCCUGCUUCUGGGGUGUCCUCUGUGGGUAAGUUAUAUAAGGUGUCGUAAAAUCCCUGAAAUGCUUCAAUACUUUUGUCUGGUAUUUGGGUUGUCGUCUGAUCUUCAGUUUUGAUUUUUGUAAUGUGGCACAUGCGUCGUCUCUUUUGGAGCAUCCUGGUGAGGAGGCGGCCGUACUUGUCUGAGUACUUGUAGAAAAAGCGGUGGGACUUGCGAAAAGUGUGUUGCAGUUUCUGGUGCAAAAUAUCUCGCAGAGUCCUUCCGGCUUCCAGAAGGGUCCUGUAGCUUUCGUCCGAUUUCGUGGAUUUAUGAACACCUUCUAGUUCUUAGAUCCGCUGGGUUAGCUCAGCCAUACGUUGUCACUGUUCCUUUUUCCUUUGGGUACACAGUUUGAUAAGCUGUCCCCGUAGAACGCACUUAUGCGCUUCCCACAUAGUUAAGGACAGCAUGUUUGGGGAUUCAAGAAAGUGGUCAAUACCGAGCGGAGUUUCGUGACAAUGGGCCUGUCCGUGAGAACCGAUUCAUUCAUUCUCCAUUGGCGAUCUCUGGGUUGGAACAAGGGGGGACUUAAGGCACGUCGAUAUGGGGGAAUGGUCGGACCAACCCAACGGUCGGAUUUCAGCCGAUGUGAGCAGGGGUAGGAACUCUUGAGCUAGUAGUAUAUAGUCUAGUCUGCUAUAGCGCUUGUGGACAGUGGAGUAAUAGGUGUAGUCCCUAUCACUUGGAUGGAGACCAGAUCCGUGUAAUGUGUCCCUAUUGUCUCUCGGACCCCUCUGGAGAUGUCGAGUCUCUGUUCAAGAGCGACAUUCAGGUCGCCUGCCACUAUCAGCAAGCCCUCUCUAAACUGUUCGAGCUUAUUCAGCGUCUACCUGAGAAAUCUAUGUUGUCGAAUAUUAGGUGCAAUUAUGCUCGCAAAGGUAUAUAUGCAGCUAGCGAUGGUGCCUUUAAGGAAAAGGAAGCGACCCAUGGUGUCCGCUAGCACUCCUGUGCAUUCAAACAGUAUUGCAACUCCAGCCUUUUUAGUUGACUGGUGGUUUGCAAAGAACCCUGGGGGGUAUCUUGAGUCCCGCAGUGUCGGGGCCGUGUCCCCUCAAAAGUGGGUCUCUUGUAGGAAUGCAAUGGACACCCUCGUAGCCCACAGGGAGCGUAGUAGAUGCGACCUCCGUUCGGGUACAUUUAGGCCUCGGACAUUGUUCGAGGGCUUUAAUUUUAUUUCCCAUACAUUGAUAAAUUCACAUUAAUAAUGAAAAAUAACAAAACAAAUUUUUUUUCACAGUUUUGGCAAUAAUAGUGUGUGCAUAAUAUGUCCAGCUUAGAAAAAGUAAUUCAAAGUAAAUUCAUUUAUGUGUCUUGAUUUAUAGAGUACAUAAUAUGUAUAGGAUUUCAGCUUAUUUUGAAAGUUACAGGUCACAAAAUACAAGGACUAAAAUAAAAUUUUUAUGUGAAACAAUUUUAGAAGUUGCUAUGUUUGUCUUGUAGGUUUAGUAACCACCACAGAAAACAAAUUUAACACACAAAAGUAUAUAUUUAUAUAAAGUAGACAUCACAGGCUAUUUACGUAAGGUUAGUUUGACACUUUUUACGUAACCAUUUCAUCGCCAAUCUCUGCUAAAUAUUGGAGUAAAAUAGUGUUUUUCUCUAUUUUGGCAUAUAAACAUAUAACAAGGUUUUUGUAAUGUGUAUUUCGUAAAGCUGGUGUGUGCUAUUCCUGCAGAACCACAUAUUGUGUUCAGCUACAUCUGCUGCGUACGAUAGCCCCAUUGUAUGCCUUUGGCACUAUUCUGUGAAGCUACAAUGCCAUAUAAGAGACAAGGCCUUUCCGUUUCUAUAGUUAGAAUUUUUGUAUAUGGAUUUGACGGGCCUAUGUCUCAUUUUAGGGUAUUAUAGCAAUGUGGCUGUUCAAAUAACCCCACAAAGGGCUUUCAUUUAAUAAAGUAGACACCCCAAGGUAUCUUAUAUGGUGUAAAUUGUGCCUUAACUUGUCACAAUUUUUUCACCAAUUUAUGUCAAUGUUUCUGGUGAGGCGAAAAAAAUGGCAUUUUUACAUAUAUGUCGCAUUUUUGCUGAGUAUUUCUUACACUUGAUAUGUACCACUGUCAUAAAAAACAAAUUAUGCUCCGUUACAUCUUCUGAGUAAAACAAUAUGCCCAAUGUAUGACCUAGACACUAUUUUGUGAAGUUACAGUGCUGUAAAAGAGACGUGACAAGUUCAGGUUUUUAAGUGUGAAUUUUCAUGGAGGGUUUUGAUGCGUCCGUGUCCCACUUUGGAGCACUUGAGCAGACUACAUAUUCUAACUGCACCAUAAAGGCAUACCAUUUCUUAAAGAAGACAUCCCAGGGUAUUUCAAAAGCAUAUUUUGAACCUUAGCGUGGGUAAUUUUUCCGCUAGCUUGUACCAAGUGUAGUGGUAAUAAGAAUCUUUUCUGCCUUUUUGACACACACUGAGUUUGCGCAGUAUAUUUUGCAAACCUUAUGUGUGCUACAACUGUAUUAUACUUUUUAUACUACAGGGCCGUUGAAUGUGCCUUCAAGGGCACACUUACCCAAAAACCACUCUCUCACUGUCAAUUAUUCCUUACAUAUGUUGCUCAGCUAUGUCGGCUGAGUACAGCAGUACAGCGGGCUUAACAGUGAGAGAGUUGUUUUUUUAAUAAGUGUGCCCUUGAAGGCACAUUAGUCUGAUUUUCUACCAAGAUCAGGACUUACCUAUAUUUUCUCCUUUCCCAACUCUCUACUGCCUUUAUGAUACUAUCUAGUAUUAUACCGUUUUUGUACCACGACUACAUAAGGCAUUUACUGUCAAUAUUUGCACUGCAUUGCCCUAACAGUGGAAUAGAUUUUGUAAAUAUUCUUUUAUUAUACUUUACCUUAUAUUAAUUUUAACUAAGUACAAUAAAAGUUAAGUUUUAGCAUUUGCUCGUUCUCACUCACUCACAUAGAUUUUGGAGAUUUAUGUAUUUUGUUUUCGUUUUGUAUUUCCAUAUAAAAUUAUAGUACCCAUUUUUAUACAAAUAAAAACUAUAUUUAGAUAUAGUUCCAUAUACUCUACUUUUAAAGAUUACUAAAUAGAUCAGGGUUGUCUAACCUGCGGGCCCCCAGAUGUUGCCGAACUACAACUCCCAUUAUUCCCUGGCUGAGUUGUAGUUCAGCAACAUCUGGGGGGCCGCAGGAUGGACAGCCCUGAAAUAGAUCAUGCUUGGUGAUUGUUGCAUAUAGAACUACAUUAGUUACAAAUAACUCCCUAUGUUAGAAAAUUAAUAUGCAUAAGUAACCAUUUGGAUGUUUCAGUGAGUCCAGCUUCAGCAGCUGAAUAAGUAUCAUGUUCUAUAUCUGGAUCAGUUUGGAUAUAGUAUAUGUUUAGUUUUGAUACAACUCCCUUGUUUCUAAAGUUAAAAAUCUUAACUUCCCUGAUCAAUAUAUAUUUUUCAGUUGUAUCUUACUAUGGCCAAAAACAGAUGUUUAAAUAGGAAUUCUAUCACUUUAGCCCCCUGAACUGCAUAGAGCCCCCUUUUUCAUUCGUCUUUCUCAGGAUAAUUCACUAAACAUGGAACUGUAGUGAAUUGGUCAAGGUUAAAACAGCCAAACUGGGACUCAAAUCUUUUAUGGCUAUUUUCUAUGUAUCUGCUAUUUUAGCAUAACUGUUACUUCAGAUUUAAAAUUACAAUUCGGAGUGGCUAAAAGGGGCACACAUAUAUAAAAUAAAAUUAAAAACGGGGGCGACGACACUAUUUAAGGACUUUUUGAGUUCACAAGACAUGGGUUGUUUAAUGGUUACAGGCUGUUUUUUUAUGAAAAUACAUAACUUUACUGACACUAGCUUCCGAUUAUAUGUAUACGUGUUAAUGGAAGCAUCUGAAUGUUAUUGUAUACCUUGCCGUGGUGUCGAACCUUGACAUAAAUAAAGAAUUAUAAAAAAAAAAUAAAAAAUUACAAUUCGGAGUUUAAUGACAAAUGAGUAUAUGGACUCAAAGUAAAACAUCACCUUGAAUUUUUAUUUUGUUAGUUUGCCAUUGGUGAAAGAAAUGUGCAGUGGGGAAAUAAAAGCAUGAAGUGAUCAAAGUUCAGAUAGUGCUAAUGUACCAAAUAAAUAAACACAGUGAUUUUAAACAUAAGAAGUAAUAGAGGCAAGACAAUUCUAAUGCCAAAUGUAUUGGGAUAUUUUUUUACAUUUUGUGUGCUGUACUACUUUUUUUGUGUAUGUUAUUUCAGGUCUCCAGUUAUGGCCGGUGGUCUAUUCGCUGUAGAGAAAAGAUGGUUUUGGGAACUUGGAGGAUAUGAUCCUGGUUUGGAGAUUUGGGGAGGAGAGCAGUAUGAAAUUUCUUUCAAGGUCAGUUUGAGCCUUUUGAGAACGGUUUUUAGGUUCUUCCUACUUUGCGUGCAGGGAUGCUGGAUUACUGGAUUAACCCCAGCUAAAAUAGUGUAUUACUAUACUUCUUAAUUCUUACUGACAUUUGUGUAAAACCACGAACUGUGGGUAUCUAGCAGGCACUUUUACCAGAGAGAGUUACUCAUUGCACCCCUUGUAAUUAGUCAUUUGCCGUGAUACACUUUGAUGGGUUUAGGAGAGGUCACAUAAAAAUGGCUAGUUUAUUGUGUCUGAAAUUAAGAUAAAAUAGUGCAGCCAGCUGUAGCUGUUAGAUUAAUAACUGUGAUGAAAUCACAAGCACAAAGGGGAAGGAUGCUGUGAGGAGGGCAAGUGGAAGUUAGAAAAUGAAGGAUUGUUUGGCUUUGGGGACUAAGUAAGCUUAUUUAUUUUCAUGCUGUGAAGACACCAUUGUUCUAAGCAACCAAGAGUAUAACUGGAGAUACUUAACACUUUCUCUGCAUGAGCCACAAGCAAAGUAGCGCUAUUAUUUUUUCACAACAGUAUAAAUAAGUAAACACAUUAACUGAAAAUCACUGAAUUUGACUAUGGGAUUACACCUCAUUUUUUCUCUUGUCUUGCACUAGGGUAAAGCAUCCAUCAAUGCACAGCGCACAGACAAAAAAGUUUAUUAUACCAAGCAGUUUUGGAAUCUUGAAAGCACAUAGCAGAUUACCAUAGGCGUGCGUAGCCUGUUGCAUAAGGGUGUGCACCCUAAAGCACAAACACACAUGCCGCGUAUGUAUGUAUAUAUAUAUAUAUAUAUAUAUAUAUAUAUAUAUAUAUACACACACACACACACACACAUACAUACUGCUGUGUGUGGGCGUGGUGUGUGUAAGGGUGCUGUUAGUGAGUGUGUGUGUGUGUGUGAGGGUGCUGUGUGUGUGUGUGUGAGGGUGCUGUGCGUGUGUGUGUGAGGGUGCUGUGCGUGUGUGUGUGAGGGUGCUGUGCGUGCGUGAGGGUGCUGUGCGUGCGUGUGAGGGCGCUGUGUGUGUGGGCGCUGUAUGUGUGAGGGCGCUGCGUGGCGUGUGUGUGUGAGGGCGCUGCGUGGCGUGUGUGUGUGAGGGCGCUGCGUGGCGUGUGUGUGUGUGAAGGAGCUGCGUGUGUGUGUGUGGGUGCUGUAAGUAUGUGUGUGUGUGUAUUGUGUGGGGGUGGGGAGACCGUUUAGUUAAUAGCCCCCAUCCCUUCUUACCUUUUAUAGGGAGGGGGGACUGUAUUGCUGACAUCCCUGGUGGCAACGCUCCGACCUCGCGAGAGGAACCCAGCGGAGCUGCAGCCUAGAGCUCCCCGGGGCCUCUCCUGCCUCCCUCCCUGCCUGUAGGCUGGAGAGGGAGAUCUAUGAUCUCCCUCACCGGCUCAUGGAGGCACACCCCGUGCGCACGCCUAUGCAGAUUACAUCUCCAAUGAUGCUUAAGCAGCCAUUUGGCCAGCUUUGCAUAUUGUGAAGCAUUGUCCAUCACUGCUGGAGCUUGACAGGUAGCCCUUACUGCUACACAGCAUUCUGUUUUUACAUUCAACUAAAAUAACCAAGAUUUACAGUUACCUGCUGAUUUGGAUUAUUUGAUUGUAAACGUGUGUUUUCUUUUAGUAUGAUAUUUUUUUUAUAUAUAACUACUAAUGUCGGGCUGGCUGACAUGAUCUGUUGCAGAGCUGUAAAAAACAAAUGACAUUAUCUUGCUUAUUUUGAAGUUCUUUGAGUGUGUUCUUCACUUUGGCUGAGAUCAUCAAACUUGAUGAUCUUAGCCAAUCCAAUGCUUUCCUAUAGGGAAGCAUUGGGAUGCUAUUGUGAAUGUGUGGCAAAAAGCUGCACGGCCAAACAGCAUCUCCAUGGGAAGCAUUCAGCUCCUCCAUGCAGACCCAAUCUAACACACUGCCUCUCCUCCCACUCUUAAUACACUGCCCACAAAUCCAAUACAAUUCCCCUCCCUAAUCCUAAUACACUGCCCACAAAUCCAAUACAUUGCCCCCAAACCCAACACACUGCCCCUCCUCCUUCCACUCCACCAUACACUGCCCCUUCACCCAAUCUAAUACAUUGCCCCUUAAUCUAAUACACUGCCCCUCCUCUCUCCACUCUAACUGAAUAGACUGCUCCCACUCCCACCACUCUACUUUAAUACACUGCCCCCACCACUCUAAUACACUGGCCUCCUCCCUCCCUCAAAUAAAUACACUGCCCCUUCCCCAUUUUAAUACAAUGUCCCCCUGGCUUCUCCCAAUUUAAUACACUGGUCCCUUCCCUCCCCCAGGUUAAUACCCUGCCCCCUCACCACUACCACUCUGCACUGCCCUCCCAACUUAACACACUGGCCCCCACCCUCAAAUUAAAACACUGUCUCACUCCCUCCCCAAAUUAAUAGUGCCCCCUCCCACCCUCAAAUCAAUACAGUGCCCCCUCCCUCAAAUUAUUACACUGGCCUCCUCCCUUCAUCAAAUUAUUACACUGGCCUCCUCCCUCCCUCAAAUUAUUACACUGGCCCCCUCCCUCCCUCAAAUUAAUACACUGCCCGCCCUUCCCCUCCCUCCCCAUCUCCCUCCCCAUCUCCAUCUCCCUCCCCAUCUCCCACCCGAUCCCCAUCUCCCACCCCAUCUCCCUCCCCCUCUUUUUCCCCCUUCCUCCCUUCCCCUCCCUCCCUCUCUCCCUUCCUCCCCCCCCCAAAUCAUAUUUAAAUUCUAACGCAGUUUAAAGGGACUACUUUGUCUUAUGGUACAGCCUCAAGUUAAAAAAAUGUGACAAAAGGCGGAUCUUCUGCCAUCAGUUCCCACAGCUUUGGCUAGCAAUGGUUGCAGGAAUCAGGCAGUGUCUCACUCACCACGAGACUUGAUCGGUGACAGCCCUUGCAGGAUCUCCUAUAGACAUCACAAUUCUAAUCUUGAAUCCGAAGUGGUAAUGCCAUCAUUGAGGGUGUUUACAAAGUAAAACAUGUCAUGUUAAAAUAAUAUAUUUAUCUUCCUUUGAAUUAUUACCAUAAUAGAUCAUCAGUCCCAUAGGUGAUAAAUAUCUCAUAAAGCUAUAUUUUAACCAUGUUUUCUUAUUGCCAAUUGUAUAAUUCUGUUUGUGUUUGCUUAUAGUACUUGUUUGGUGACCUGCAUUUAAAAAUAAAUAAAUAAUUUGUUUAGAUUAUUCUUUCAUAUCAUGUUUAUUGCUUGUUUUUUUGCUUGUUUGUUUUUAUAGGUAUGGAUGUGUGGAGGAAGAAUGGAGGAUGCCCCAUGUUCCAGAGUAGGUCAUAUCUACCGAAAAUAUGUACCUUACAAGGUCCCUGCUGGUGUCAGUCUAGCUAGGGUAAGUCAUCUGGCUAUGGUAUACAUGAACAACAAUGGCCUUCUUGUAUUCAAUUUGUUUUUGUUUUGUUUUAUUAUUUGUGGUUUUAAUACCCUUUAUUUUAUGUAGAAUGACAGACUGUUGUAUUACUAAAGGAAAACAACUAACGUACAACAUAUUUUAUAUCUUGAAUGCUGGCUUUUUUAAAUUAACACAUGCCUCAGAUAAGAAGUGUUGGCGUCAGUGUUUCAGCUCCCUCUACUGACCAUAAAAUAUAUUUCAAACUGCCUCUUUGAAUGACUUCAUAAAUGCAUAUCUACUAAUGUUAAAAAGCACCAAAUAACCUUAGUCUGGUCUUUAAAAAGUAUUACACUUUUAAAUACUAUCUACAAAAAUACUAGGUGAUCACCCAUGUUUCAUCCAGCUAAAAAUCACCUCUUUUAAUUUACAUUUGUGAAUGCUUAUGUAUCUAUAAGCUCACGGGCAGGGCCCUCUACCUGUUUUAUCGGUCUGUUCUUAUUGCAUUGUCUUUUUUCCCAAUUGUACAGUACUGCAGAAUAUGUUGGCGCUUUAUAAAUACCAGUAAUAAAUAAAUGUAAAAAUAAAUAUAUAUAUAUAUAUAUAUAUAUAUAUAUAUAUAUAUAUAUGUAUAUGUAUCAACUUGUGCAUUUAUACCCCACCUUUGUAAAUGCAAAAGGUUUUAAUUUAUAGAUACAGAACUCAUAUCAGUGACCACCUUCAUCUUUUUCAUUGAAUAAAAAUGUUGUUUUGCUAUCUAAUACCAUUAUAUAUUGUCUGGCCAUUGUUGCUAAGCACUGUGUGGUAAGCUGUUGACAUAUGAGAUAUCAUAUUAUAUGUGAUUUGUUAUGUUCAUUGUAGUUAGCAUUUUCCUCAACAAAAUUGUCCACCACCUCGGAAUACUCCCUGCCCAAUUUCAACGGAAAAACACGCAUUAUAUAUUCUUUACUUGGUUUGCCUAACCUGGCAAGCUUGUUGCCAUAAAAAAAUCGGAAUGGACGGACUAGUCUGGCCUGGUAGAGUGGAAAAAUGGAAAAUAGGCAGAGAUUCAUUACAUAGGGUUAUACCCAGUUUGAUAAUAGGCUAUCACCCAGAUGAUUUCUAAUAGUAAAAACAAGCCCCCAUAUAGGCUUGGUAAGUAGAUAGGAAAAGAGGAUCGUUACAUACUAGGUUACCUAAGAGGUAGCUUGAUAUAGGGUGUAUAUCACUAAAUCUUGCAAAGAUUCCUACUUUUAGUAGACUUAAAACUGAUGAUUAGUGAAUAGUAUCAAGAACUUAUAUAUAAAUGUGAAAAUAAAAAUAGCAGCAGACAAAAAUUGACUAAAAUAGGAAGAAAUAUUUAUAAUAGGGGGCCUGUUGACUAAGCAGUGAGUUGGUUAAAAAACUGUAGCAGUACAAAUAACCACUUAUAUAAAAGGCUGGUGGUUCUUAAUAGUGACUAUAGAUUGUAAAAUAAAUAUUGUCCAAUAAAGUCUAUAGGUAGAGAGUUGGUUAAGUACAACUCAAUAAAGUCUAUCCACAGUAAUAUUACAGCUAGCACAAUGCACUGCUGUUAUAAAGAAGUAACAGAAGCUGUAUUGUAUCAAAAGCUUUUAUAAUAUAACCAAUUUGAUAUAAGAUGAUUAUAUACAGGAAUAUCUGUUUCUCCAAGUGUGAUGUUAUGACAGUCACUCAUAGAUCACAGACACAGAUCUAUAGUGACAGGAUCUUCUCUGCGAUCUGCAACAUAAAACGAACAGCCAUGCUCUCCAUUUAAAACUUUUAAAUUUAUUGUAAAACAAAAUUCACUCACAAACGUGCAGUGGAAUGGAGCAAAUAAAGGGUCCUUGGGAAUCUGCAGGAUAUAGUGGUCGCUGGUUGUGAAGUAGUAAACCUCUCUCCAGCCGGCUGGGAGGUCUCGAUGUUAGGUGAAAGAUUAAUUCAUUUCACGUGCGUUCCACUUUGUUCACCCGACCUGCAUUCCACUGGGACUCUGUAUCUAGAUGCUUGUGCAGCAGCUGCCGUAAAACCUCACACGUUUCGUGACUCUGCAGGGUCACUUCUUCAGAGGCUGGUGUUUUGACCCUUACGUUUUUAUAGCACUUGCAAUCACCGGCUGAACGUAUCAGAUCAGUAUUUAACAUCAAAGAGCAGUGCAAUUCUUAAACGUUGCUUAUGAUACAUACUACAUACAAAUUAAUUUCACACAAAGUAUACAAGCGGAUAAAGAAUAAAUGUAAUUAUAACAAUAAAUAAAAGGUUUCUUAUUUCGUAAUGUUGCUAUUCACAUGUUACUUAAUGCAUGUACACAGUAGAUAUAGCCCUUAUAAGUGGAGAAUAUUGUCUAUAAUUAUAUCAAUGAAAAAUAGAAAUCUUUACUAAAAAAAGAUAUGUAUACAUAAAAUACCCUGGUAGAAAAACUUAAUGUUAGACAAAUUAUAGGUGCCUUGGGAGGUCUCAGGUAGAAGUACCAAUCGUUAUAACUUGAGGGAACUCUGUAGAGCAUAAAAGCGCAAUCUUUAUUGUUGCAUUGAUCAGUGAACUAGACUGGACUGAUCUUGGUGUUUAUAGAAAAAGGUACGAAAAAAUAUCUAAAAAGGUGAAACUGAAACCCUAAUGUCUAAGAUGAGAAUAUUUCUGGAAAUAGAUUAUAUAGGUGGAGUGGAUGAAAUACAUAUUAUGAAAUCCGAAACAAAAGAGAGCUAUCCCUAUAAAGUUGGAUCUAAAGACUGUUGCUGCAAAAAUAAUCAGGUGCAUAUACGAGGUUGGUUCUUAAAUAGCUAUUAAAUAAAUGUGAGCUUACCUAAAACUGUUAGGAUCAAUUAUAAAAAAUACAAGCAAAUAACAGGUGUGUAUAUAAAGAUGGAUGCUGCUCAAUACAAAUAUGUGUAAAUGUAUAACAAAUAAAGAUAUUUAAGCCAUGUGAUAGAUGGAACCUGUUGAUAAUACAGUACAAUGGGUAUGUGAAAAUGGAAGUACAUUAACUGAGUGGAAACUACCCAUAAUCAAACACUCUUUUAAAAAGUUCAAUAGGAGUUGGCACAUGGACCACCACACAUGCUUCGAUUUGGGUUUUCUUACAAAGUAGAUAUACAGGGACACCAAUACGGAUGAUGGAGGUGGAUAGAUACACUUACAGGGUUAACCUAAUAAUAGUAUCAUUUGAGAGAGGAAAACAGGUCGGAAUGGUGAAUAAACUGUGUAUCAAAAAAGUGGAUUGGACAGGUUGCAUAAAUGUAUUUGGGCAAGUCUGUGACUGGAAAUACACCUAAAGAAAGAAAGAAAGAAACUAGCUUGUGGGAACAGAAAAUAAAUAAAGAUAAAAAUAAGAAUAAAUAUAGAAAUAAAUAAAAAUUAAAAAUAAUAUAAAUAAUAAUAAUUUAAUAAUAAAAAAUAAAGAAUAAAAAAAACUAAUGAUAAAAAAUAAUAAAGCUUGUUGCCAUACCUGAGUGUACAUACACUAGUUGUAUGAAAAAAAGCAUUUAACUAGUCACUCCGCAAAAGGAAUGCUGAUCUCUUCCUCAUCAGACGAGGCAACAAGUAGACCCAGAUGCUGUUUAGUUCUUUUCCUGGUAGAGCAGCUGUCUGUGAAAUAAUUUUACAAAACAUUCUCAGGCAGACUGCAUACAAUUGGUAAAACUUUGGGGAGGGGAUUCAGUGCUUGUAGAGUACUGCUAUAGUUCAAAGGCAGCUUAAUCACGAAGUACGGAGCCUCUCUUGUCCGGUGAAGAAAGAGGAGAAAUAGAUUCUCCAAUUGGUAAACCUUUAUUUACACAGUCCUAGUUUGGAACACCUGAAAUCGAUUGUUUAUUGGUUAUACAAAAUAUGUGUUUGAUGCAAAUAAACAAAACCAAGAUAAGCUAAAAUGUUUUCAAAUGUUUGAAUUAUUUGUCAUUGCUUAUUUCAUUAAUAUGAAUUAAAUAUGCAUCUGCAUGUUCUCAAUUUAAUUUGUAGAACCUGAAGCGAGUCGCUGAAGUUUGGAUGGAUGAAUAUGCAGAAUUUAUUUACCAGCGCAGACCUGACUACAGGCACCUCUCACCUGGGGAUGUAGGAACCCAGAAAGAGCUACGAAGCAAACUAAACUGCCAGAACUUCAAGUGGUUCAUGACAAAUGUAGCCUGGGACUUGCCGAAAUUCUAUCCUCCAGUAGAGCCACCAGCAGCUGCAUGGGGGGAGGUAGGGAUAAAUUGUCACAUUACAAAGUUACAUGGUUUUAAAAUAAUGCAAUCAUGGAGGAACUCGUCCAGUUUUCUUUAUUUUUGCAUUACACAGAACGAUUUUCUUAUGCGAAGUGUCACUAGGUUUACUAUACUAUAUAUAAAUUAAAAAUCAUUACAAUGAUGUCCAAAACUGUUUUUUAUUUAAACAAAUCAUUAUUAAAACUAUAUCCAUCAAAGUAGUUUGCUUAUGUUCUGUUAAAAUAAUUUAUUAUUCAAGUGUUUAUAAGAACAAUUGGUAAAGUUUAUCAGUAAUUAUAUAUAAACUUUUCUCCUGGGUUGCCUAGAUCCGUAACAAGAAGACAGGCCUAUGUGUAGAUUCAAAGCACGCAGUUAUACGCCUUGAGACUUGCACCAAAGGACGAAAUGUUGAUGCAUGGAGCAGUAAUCAGGUAUAAAUGGUGUAAAUCUAUGAAAUGAUAGAAAUUAAUCAGCCUUUCCUCCUCUUUGAGCACAAAGUGAUUUGUGUAUUUUGAUUUGCAGGUGUUCACCUUUGGCUGGCGGGAAGACAUCCGUCCUGGAGACCCUCAACACACUAAGAAGCUUUGCUUUGAUGCUGUUUCCCACACUAGUCCGGUCACACUUUACGACUGUCACGGUAUGAAGGGUAACCAGCUCUGGAGAUACAGAAAGGUGAGUAAAGAAAAUAUUUUUAAAGUUUGCCUUUGGCUGUAAAAUAUUACUAGGUCUUCCAGUGUUAGUUUUCUAUUAAAUACUCCACCAAGCAAGUCACAUGAAAUUUUCCUUGUAUAAAUUGCCAGAAAACAAUAUUCUCUGUUAGAUUAAAAGGACAUGCCAGCGUUAUAAUUAAAUACAUUUCUUGAUAAUGCAGAAGUGUUUGUGAGUCUCCUGAGCACCCUUUCAUUUACCAGUACCUUUUAAACAAAGUGAUUGCUUACAUCUAAUUUAGCAAUGAGAGUAUCCUUCACCGCAGCUCCACCCACCAGGAGAUCAUCAGUAUAGAAGUUUCCUGACCAGUCCAAGCUGAAGUGCUUUAGAAGUUCGGAAUGAUCCUUUAAAAAUUGACACAUCAGCUUAUUAUCACUUUAGGAUUAAAUUUUUUUUUCAAUUUCAAUGAUUACGUUACUGAUGCUGAUACUUUAACACAUAUAUACUGCUACAAUGACAGAAGUAAAAUGCUGUUGAAAGCAUAUUAUGAGAACAACUACUCCUUGCCAAAGUUGAGGCGAUUGUCUUCCAGCAUUCCAAUAUGCACGGUAGAGGAAAUGUUUCUGCAUUAUGAUCCAAUAUGCAGGGUAGAGGAAAUGUUUCUGCAUUAUGAUCCAAUAUGCAGGGUAGAGGAAAUGUUUCUACAUUAUGAUCCAAUAUGCAGGGUAGAGGAAAUGUUUCUGCAUUAUGAUCCAAUAUGCAGGGUAGGGGAAAUGUUUCUGCAUGAUGAUCCUCAGGAAGCACAAGUUAGCCAUUUAGGUGCAUCAAGUAUGGAGGGGCGAGUUGCUAGCAAUUCAAUAGAGAGAGAAAAUCUGGGCACACAAGGUAGUUUCCAAAAAUAGCAGAAUUUGUUUCAGCAAUGUUUUGGCUCAAUGACUGAGCUUUUAUCACGCCUCAAAGUGCUUCAGAGUUUGAUAGAGCUGAAUGUAGCAAUGGCAGUUGAUGUGCCUGAUUCUGCAGGGGUCACAUCAGAAAGGCAUGGUUCUCCUUGUGCUGCCUAUGACACUGAUUAUGUGGUAUCCCCUCAUAAUAUUUCAUUGCAUAGCUAAUUUGUCCAGCUAUAGUCCACUGGAGUUUAUGUAGCUAUUCAUGAGGGAAUAAUAUUUUAGGGGACAUUGUCACCCAGACAAACACUUAUGACGAACAAUGUGAUAUACUUGAUAUACUAACAUUUGAAUUUUAUUCUUAGGACAAGACUAUUUUUCAUCCCACCAGCAACAGUUGCAUGGAUUGUAAUGAAUCAGAGCGCCGAAUAUUCAUGAAUAUUUGCAACCCUUCCUCGCCAACUCAACAAUGGACUUUUGAAAACAUCAAUUCCACAGUCUUAGACAUCUUCAACAGAACAUGAACUCAAAAGAAUCAGAGAAAUAUACACAUAUAAAUAGGAAUAUAUAUAUAUAUAUUUGAAAUCUAUAUUUUUUACAAUGGGUGGGUGGGCGAUGGAAAAAAAAAAGUUUAUUUUUCUGUUUUGUUUUUGUGUAGGAGAAAUGUGUAGGCUGGGAUUGUCUACAUUUCAAUGAUGCUGUGGCUAAACAUUACCUACCUUUAACAUGAAAGCAUUUAAGUUAAAUGCAAUUUCAUUUGAGAUUUUUGUUUUUCUCACUAGUUACAUAGUAUUGGUGGUUGGUGAUCUUUAUUUAGUCUAAUGGUUAGGCCAAUGUUAUUCAUAUAAUAGACAAGAGGCUACAGCCUCUGCAAAAACUUAUUGUGCCUUUUCACACAGGCUGUUGCACUUUACAUUCAUGCCAUACAUGUGCUUACUUUCUCUUAUCCGUUAUGUCAUGUGGUGGCAGAAUUGAGAUGCCAGUCAUGAAGUAAAGCCAAACUGUGCCAGUUAACCCAUUGAAGGUAGAAGAUGGUAGAGCUGUUUGUGUAUAUUUUUCCAAAAUAUAUCUAAAUUUAUUCUCUCUAAACUAGCAAAACAUAAAACUAAAGUGCAAAAGUGAGUAAAAGAAGUCAGAAAAUGUUUUGUAUUCUGUUGUCACAAUAGAAUUGAUAUUCCUUAAUUUUAAUCUACAUACAGUCAUCCUGUUACCGAGGUGUGGCCCCAUUUGUACUUGCUCUGAACAACCUUUCUCACUGUAACUAAUGGUCCCUUUCCUAAAGGGUUUGAUAUAGUGCAUCAUUAAAUUAGCCAGCUUGCAAGCACAAGUUAUCAGCAAAUGUUUAAACUUGAACCAUUUUCUAGUGCCUUGCUGGACAAGAGGUAGAUGAGACAUGGUUAAGCACUGUUUUGGAAAGUCAAGGCUGCGUGCAAUUGUUUUGUAAAUAUAAUUAAUGAUUUUUGGCCUUAACACAUUUAUAUACCCAAAUGCUGUUUGUGUCUGGCAAUCAAAUAAUCAAGCUAACUUCAUUGUAGGGUGUCGUAUGUAUCGAUAUCAUUGGCUCUGUUGUGAAUUAUUUAGAGGUUUAUGCAUCAGGCUCGGCGUGCAACAGGUAUAUCAAUAAUUUCAUGAAUUCUGAUAAAAGAAUGUAAAAAUCAGUUCUGGUGCUGCUAUUUUCAUCAACCCUGAAGCUGUUUAGAAUCACAGUCUUUUCUUUAUAUUCUGUUGUCAGAGUUUGAUGAGUGAAUUGAAUCUUUUCUGUUUCGGUGCAGCUCUAUUCAUCAAGCAACUCUGAGGUUAUACAGAAACAGACACAUUUCCUUCUAUUGUGUCAAAGAAAAUAGUUCGUUAAAUAUAGUGUUUCUGUUGACUGUUUCAUUAAUUUAGCACACUGUAUCAGAAUUAGCACAUUGUUUUAUGGUUGUUUGGUGUGGGUGGGCGAGUAGUAAACCGAUAUCUACAUAAAAUCAUGACCUCCAAAAAUUAUGAGUUUGCAAAAUGAUGAAUACAUUCCAAAGUACUUUACAGAUGCAUGAAAUCCAUAAAAUGUUUUGAAUGCAAUAACUGAUUGUAUAUCUACUUUAUGUUGGAAAAAAAACCUAUGCAUUUAUCCUGCAUCUUUAUUUUGAUACUGGUUACAUAAUUAAACCUAGACCGGGCACUACCACUCUACCUUGAAAAUAAGCAUUUACUACACAUCUCUACUCAGUGCCACAUUUAUUAGUAAGGCUCAUGGUGAAAAGUGUAUUAAUCCACUGCCUAAUAGGCUCUCCCUCAUGAGAAUUAAGAAAAUGUAUGUAACUUUAACAGUCAUACAGAUAAAUUGCCAUACCCAGAUAGAUACUGUUUUUCAUACAUUUGUACAGAUACAAUCAGACACUUACAAAUACUGACAUUUUUUCACAAGACAAUCCCAGAUAUUCUAAGAUAUAUUUAGACUCUGUUACCUACUUUCUGGCUCUCUUAGUCUUAAUCUGUGGCGCACUCUUUAACUUGCUCAACUAUGCCCUCACCAACAAACUGAGGCACACACUCACAUGUUGUCAUACAAACACUGUGAUGCACACACUGUCCUAGAUUCCUGCACCGUGACGUGCACACUUACACAUAGUCCUACAAACACUGUGAGUACCCCCCUAUACACACACACAUAUUCCCGCAAACACACCCUUAGCAGACAUUUUCACAGACAUACGGAUACACACACAGACAAUCUCACAGUCACUCUAUAAGUAAAAGUGAACAAGAACAGAACCCCAUCUCAAUUUCUUACUUUGCAGUAGUGAUGCCUUAUUUCCCUAGGUAUUCUGGGCCAAUACAAUAUUUAUCAAAGGUUUUCAACAUCAAUAGUCCUCCAGCUAUUAGUUUAUUUUUGGAGUGCGUUUGUUUGUUGUGGUUUUUUGUUUUUUGUUUUUGAGGGAGGCUCAACACGCUUUACUCUGAGACAGAUUUUGCAUGGAUGAGAGUCAAUGGCAGGUUUUACAUUCUAGAAUUCUGUGUAUACCAUGUAUGCAACCACAUUAUCUACCGACUACCUCUGCUUAACAACACACGACCACAUAGCAUGAAUACUUAGUAGACUACUUAAAAACUGCUGGCAGCUGUUUUGUGGUAGUGCAUUAAGAUUAAAAAAAUACACUGUGUAUUUGCUAGUGGGCUUUGCAACCAUGACUAGGAGAGUUGAUUUGUUUUGUUUUUGGAAAAUGUAACUGCUUUUCUUUAUACCACUACACAUAUGAGAGAAGAAAAAAAAAAAAUUCCUUGAAGGUUUUCUGAGCAUUCAUCUUACUGUGCUUUUUUUUAUAGAAUGCUUGUAAACUAAUGUUAAGAAAUUUCUACAUGCCCUUGUUUUUGUAUGUGUCUAGGCGUGCUUGUUUCUGUACUUGUGUGAUGCAAGUGCAUACAUAUACAUCUAGAGGAAUACUGUUCAAAUCCAAUUCUUGCAGCCUGUGUAAUAAAUCCAUUGCAAAAAUGCUUUGAUAACAUAAUUGUAUAAAGUCAUUAUAUAGAGAUACAUUGAAUUUCUUUAUUAUACAUUACACACUUACCUCAUCUCCAGUGGUGCAGGUAACCACCACCUUCUACUCACAUUUUCCUCUUGCCGCUUUCCUGCACAAUUAGCCCUGCUUGAGAACACUUCCCCAAGCAGGGCACACCUUCCUCAUUAAGCAGACAGGCUUAUAUAUUUUUAUAUAUAUAUAGAUACACACACACACACACACACUCUUAAAAGCUUUAGUAAAAAUCAUAUAACUUCAUUUUCCAGCCACCACAAUUACAGUAUGAGGGGUAGAAUCCUACAACUAAAAACUGCAAUAUAUAUGUUGAAACAAUGUUUGCAUUCUUGCUUUGUUGAGUUUAACUAAAAUAACAUAUAUGUAUAUUCCUCAUAAAUCCUGUUACCCGUUGUUCUACAAAUAAUUGUGAAAUAAGUUGCAAAUUUUAAUUUUGAAUUUGUCUCAAUGUGUCUGUCUUUUCAUAUGUAACUGUUUAUAUCUUAUGUUUGCUGGGGUUGUAAAAAAACAAAACGAUUUAAUGAUGGUUGGUGGAAUGCUGCCUCUUACUAUCAGUAUGGGAAUUUGUAACAAUGUUUAGAAAAAAAUCCCUGCCUUGAAAUGGAUGCUGUUUUUCAGUCAUAUCACAUACAUAAUAUUGUAAAUGUUGAUUGCAGCAAACCAUCAUUUUUCAACUGCAGUUGAAAAAUAGUUUGUUAAACAACUGUAUAAGUAACAGUUUAUAAACUUCAGAUUAAACCACUAAUAUUACUAACAUUGUCCUAUGAAAUGAGAGGAACCCUUUCAACAACACAUACUGUCAUUAAUUCUUUGAUUCAGAGGUGUUUGGGACUGAUGAGGGAGGGCAGUUAGUUUUGGCACUUUAACCGUUGUGGCUUUUAUGAUGCAUUGCUAGGUUUUUAAAGGCUAAAUGAUCAUUUAUUUUAUAAUGUAUUUAAAUUGAAUAAAUUUUACAAUUAUUCAGAUUUUCAA